GAGGGCAGAAAGGAGAGGGAAUCCCAAGCAGGCUCUAUGUUGUCAGUGCAGAGCCCAAUGCAAGGCUCGAACUCGUGAACCGUGAGAUCAUUACCUGACCUGGGCCAAAAUCAAGAGUCAGAUGCUUAACUGACUUAGCCACCCAGGCGCCCCAUUUCACAGACUGCUUUUUAAUGUAGGUGGUGUACCUACCAAAACUAACCCUAUCCCAACGAGCAGAGCUGAAAACCUUAUUUCUUUUCCCUUAGAAUUUCUCCUAAAUCAAACCACCACAUGGAAAUAAUCAUUUCCAGAGGGCAAGAUUUAUAGAGAACACAAGUACUGAAAGAAAAUAUCAUUUAUGAGAUUUUAUGCCCACUUCCGGGAGGAAAUAUUAAGCUGGUAAACCUGGACUGUUUGUUUCCUAGGUUACUACCUCUCUCAAUAGUACCUUCUAGCCCUAGCCGUGAAAUACUCACUGAAGGAUCCGGAAUUUUAUGGUUAAACACUAAGGAAUCACCAGUUCAUUACUAACUCAAAUUCCUUUGCAGAAAUUUACCUUAAGGACAAAAAAUGAGGCAAGAAAAAGAGGGGACAGUUGAUAUCCCAGACAGCUCUAUUCAAGUUUAUGAAUGAUUUACACUUAAGGGUGGCAGGACUUAAUGCAAAUGAACGAGGAGGAAACUGUCAGCUGCAUUGUGGUUCAACCAAUAGAAGCACAGCUCCAUCUUGGAUGUGCACUGGACUGCAUUACAAACAGACGAUACCAUCGCUUCAACAGCAGCCUUCAGACAAGAGGUCACCUGUCUUCAAAGUUUAAAGGAGAGGAAAUAGGAGACAGAAAUACACUGAGCCCACAAGAUUCAAAAGAACCAAUACAAGAAGUAUAAUCCCUAAGAAUGGCCUCUCUGAGCUCCAGCCUCUGGAAUGAAACCACUACAUCUGUUUAUCAGUACCUUGGUUUUCAAGUUCAAAAAAUUUACCCUUUUCAUGAUAACUGGAACACUGCCUGCUUUGUCAUUCUGCUUUUAUUCAUAUUUACAGUGGUAUCUUUAGUGGUGUUGGCUUUUCUUUAUGAAGUGCUUGACUGUUGCUGCUGUGUAAAAAACAAGACUGUGAAAGAUUUGAAAAGUGAACCAAACCCUCUUAGAAGUAUGAUGGACAACAUCAGAAAACGUGAAAUUGAAGUCGUCUAGCACUCUACCUAAGAUGAACAAAAUCUCUGCAAAUAGCCUUCAACUACUGAAGAAAAAAGGAAAAUUUUCUGAGGCCAACUGUUAUUAUAAAACUGACUCUUGAGGGGCACCUGAUGGCUCAGUCAGCUAAGGGUCUGACUUCAGCUCAGGUCAUGAUCUCGUGAUUCGUGAGUUUGAGCCCUGCGUUGGGCUCUGUGCUGACAGCACAGCUUCGGAUUCUGUGUCUCCUCUUCUCUCUGUCCCUCCCC